AUCAGUGAGCAUCCAUGGCUUCGCCGUGUCCUUGAUAUUCCAGCAACUGGUGAGUCACGGUUCCCUCUACACAGCACCCAGCUCCAGCAACUGUCACUAACACUCACCUGGCGGGUGCGGUAUUGACACGUGGGUAGUCAUCGUACGAUUCUGCGUCGCCUCUCCUGUUACAAUAGCUUUAGCAGUACCGUCAGGGGUGAGGUGAUGGACAUAGUCGUAAGAGUCUACUAGUCCGUCAGUCAAAUUAGGAGCGUCCGAAGUUCCAUCGUUGUACGUCGAUGCACUGUUGAUAAGCUCCUCCUCUAGGUUAGCUCUGGAUGAAUGUCUAAAUGGCGAUUCCUCAUGCAACUGAACCUGUAACACCGAGAGGUCAGGAAGCAGAUAGUACCUUCAUCGAGGUGUUACAGGAGCGGUCUCAUGGCAGCAACCAGAAGGCACGAGACUUGCCAAGCCCUCUGCAGCACUCGAGGAGCCCUCUUGUCCCAGCAUCUAGACGCCAGAGGCCAGUUUUCGAAACCUUGUGCGAGAAUGAUCGACCAAUCCUUGGCGAGCAAUCAGCGAAUCUGACACACGUUCAGGGAUCAAACCACCAUUUUCACCCUCAUCAGGCUUUUCCGCAGGACCUUGCUGGUCCGGCAGCCAAUUCACACUCUCCCUCUCCCCGUAUGGCCAAUGUCAGCAGCGGUGGUGAUAGAGCACACGAAACCAUAGUUUCAUGGAGAUUCACAGCAUUGCCGAAGUAUUCUAGAGAUCCGUCCUUGAUUCCUGGCUUAGAGAAGCCUGAGAUUCCCGACGGAAAGCGUCAGGUGCGGAGGCAGGUAUCUUCCAAAUCCAGGACAGCCUUAGCGCCUACGCUAUUACCGGAGGCUAGAAAGUGGUUCGCCAGGCGAGACCUCCGGCGAAUCUUGCUGCACUUUCGCAUGAAGAUGUUGCUGCUGAUGGUGGGCCUCCUGAUGGUCGGAGCAUCCUUGAAGUCUAUUCCUUCUUUGCAUAAGACGCGAGGACUCAUGAAGUUCCUCCCUUCGUCGUCCUCCGCGUUACCACUGGAGCUCGCCGCUUCGUCGUUAUCCGACCAACAAGAUUCCGAAACAAGUACGAGCAGCGCAGCUGGUGCAUCCAUUGAACGGAGACGAGCAGCGGAGUCGCUCUUCUUGUCAGAUUCUGCUGACGGCCGGGGGGAUUCAACCCUUGCGCUGCAGAAUGAGCGAGCCGAACAGAUCCCGUCUCCCUCAACGACGUUGUUGGCUUCGGCAAGCACUCCAGGUACUCAAAAAGGGCUCCCAAAGCCCGGCGACAGCAGCGAGGCAAUCGCGCUGGACGGACCACUAGGUGAGGCUGCACAAGCCGCAGCAGCAGUCGCUGGUGCGGAAGCAGCAGCGUCCGCAGUGAUUGGCGCAGCGGGAGCAGGCAGGGGAAGAGCGGGGAGGAACGAGGGGGAGGGGGAGGCUUUGCAAGGAGUCGGGCUACAUUCUGGGCCGAGUGGAAGCUCGUUGGUCAUCCCCACGCUGACUGUAGCGGCUUCCAAUGCAGAGCUCUCCACGUCACCGCCUUCCGCUUCCUCCUCCUCCUCGUUCCCUCCUCCUCCAUCCUCCGCCUCCUCCCCCUCCUCCUCUUCCCUUAUGUUGCCUUCCGCGAUUGGUGCUUCAUGGACGUCCGGGUUCAAUGCGUCUGGGUCGCACGCUCCGCGACGGUCGUCGGAGAAGCUCCUGUGGAGAAGCCCGAAAGUGGAGCACAUUGAGCAGUGCAUCGCACGGUCAAAGACACACAAAGUCCCCGCGAAAUCAGCAACGAAUGGCUAUCUUCUGGUGACGGCGAAUGGAGGUCUGAACCAGAUGCGAGCUGCGAUCUGUGACAUGGUGGCGGUGGCUCGCAUCAUGAACGCCACUCUUGUGGUGCCAGAGCUCGACCACACCUCCUUCUGGUCCGACCCAAGCGAGUUCGAGGACAUAUUCGACCUGGAGCACUUCAUCGCGACGCUCAAGGACGACAUCCGCGUGGUCAGGGAGCUGCCUCGCAGAGUCGCCCACCGCCGCGUGCUCGAGAAGUUCCCCAUCUCCUGGUCGCCGUUCUCCUACUACCGCGAGGACCUGCUCCUGCGCCUGAAGAAGCACCGUGUGAUGCGCUUCCCCCUCACGGACUCGCGCCUGGCCAACAACGGCAUGCCGGAGUCCAUCCAGCGCCUGCGCUGCCGCGCCAACUACCGCGCCCUCCGAUACACCGACACCAUCUCCCGCGUGGCCAGUAACCUUGUCGCCAGGAUGCGGAGGCUGGGUCCCUAUAUCGCCCUGCACUUGAGAUACGAGAAGGACAUGCUGGCGUUCACCGGGUGCGACCACGGGCUGAUGCAUUGGGAGAGUGGCGAGCUGAGGGCGAUGCGGCUCAACAACUCGAGGUGGAAGGAGAAGGACAUCGACGGGGCUGCCAGGCGCACGGAGGGCGCGUGCCCCCUCACGCCCAAGGAGACUGCUCUGUUUCUGCGGGCUAUGGGUUUCCCUAACAAGACGGUCAUCUACAUUGCUGCUGGAGACAUCUACGGCUCAAAAGGCCUUGCGGAGCUGACCCGAUACUACCCCAACACGUUCACCCACUCGACGCUGGCGACGGCGGAGGAGCUGGCGGCGCUGGGUGGUUUCCAAAACAGGCUGGCCGCCGUGGACUACACAGUGGCCGUGGAGAGCGACGUGUUUGCGUACACGUACGAGGGCAACAUGGCGCGGGCUGUGCAGGGACACAGGCGAUUCGAAGGGCACAGAAAAACGAUUAUCCCGGACAGGGAAGCCGUGGUGCGGCUGAUAGACCAGUUCAAGACCGGCGAGAUCAGCUGGAACACCUUCCGCAAGCAGAUCAGGAAGCAGCACAAGGGCCGCGUGGGGGGGCCGCACCAGCGGGAGGCUGGGGAGAACCCGAAGCUGGAGGAGAAUUUCUAUGCCAACCCGCUGCCCGGGUGCAUGUGCGAGGUAAUCAGACAGCCAGGGAAGGCAGUCAGGGCGUGUCGGAUGGAAGGCGGGCAGCGGAAAUGCAGGGAGGUAGCGGAGGAGGAGGAGGCGUAUAUCUAGUCGAGCGCUCACCAAACGGAGGCUGGGGAGAUCCAGAGCUUGGGGAAUCUGGGAGGAUCAGAAGUGGGAGGCUGGGGAGAACCCGAAGUGCCAGAAGUGACCCAGGAGGAGGAGGCAAGAGGAGGGACAUGCAAGAGGAGGGACUAACCGGGGAGAACAGGAAGCUGGAGGCUGGGAGGAAGCCAGAGCUGAAGGCUGGAAAGAGCCCGAAUCUGGAGGAGAGUUUCUUCGCCAAUCCAGGAAGGGAUAGGGAGGUUCGAGAGUUGGGAGGCUGCGGAAGAAGUGGAGAGCCAGAUGAUUGGCGGAUUUAUGUGACCAAGGGGGGGGGGGGGGGUGUAGAUAUCAGGCUAACCAUUGUAGGGUAUGGGUGUCAUGUGUGGGCUGGGUCAGCUAUUUCGACCUUAGGCGGGCAUUGAUUGACCAGGGGGUAGAGUAGUUGUUCAAGGGAGUAGAAUUGACAAAGGACUUCCGCAGCAGAGCAGUUGGGGUUAUAGGCGUAACCGUGUAGCGUACCAGGUGUGACAGGUGAUCACAUAGCAGCUGAGCAGGCCUGUCGACUUGCCGGACAGUGAGUGUUGGUGAUUCAGUUGAAGUAUGGGAUGGGAGGAGAUUCGUCUCAUCUCUGGGGGUAUGCAAAGCAAACCACCGACCAUCAUGGCACUGAAACCUCCUCCUCACCUUCCUUCCUCCAACCAUCAUCAAACCCCCUUCCUCCUCCAGUCAUCUGGCCGGUAAUCAACUUCCGCAGCUGCCUGAUUUGGGUGUGCUUGUGCUUUCCACAUCAUGCCACCCCUCGUGUCCAACGAAUUUGAGUCACUGCCAUGGGACAGCACCUCUGCUUCAACCCCGGUUUCAUACCUCUCCAUGAUUCAACCCCCAUCAGCCACAGCAUUCGUUUAGCCGCAACACUACUUCAAUCAGCUCGCGACACUCUGCUAUCCCUAUUAUUCCAAUUGUCCGCUUCGCCUGUCUCUGCCUACCCAUGGAUUCGCCGCUCGCGCAUCUUACAUCAUGUCUCACUGUUCAUGCCAAUGCCAUGCUGGCACCAAGUGCCCCGUCCAUAGCCUAAAUCCUCCGAUCAUUUAUAGAUGUCAUCACCACACACGAUCAUCCUGCCCACCAUCAGCUUGGUAUCUGUGAUGGGCUGUUUUGGGGAGCCUGUUGCUAUGUCUGUCUCUCUUUACCCGUCCCCCAUCCCUCACCUUUUUUAAAGUCCAGGCAUCUUCGAUAUAUGCCAACCCCACCUGAUUUCCACCAGCUGUUGUGUUCCACUAUCCAAUGCCCGAUACGCCCGAACAUUCAGAUGGUUACCAACUAGCUGUGUUGCUCUGCCUAUUUCACCAGACCCACAAGUGCAAAGUUCAGCAACAGGUG